UUUGGGAAUUUCAGUCACAGAAACUGAAUCGGAGGCAGAAAUGGACGGUUUUCCGACGGACAAGAUCCAGAUUUCUGGGGCUACUUUAGCCUCGCUGCUCCACCGCUCCUCCGCCGCCGCCGGCGACCUCCAUGGCUACCUCUACGGCCACGUUUCCCUCUCCACAACCACUCCCCUUUCCGACCACCCGACCACAACCGCCGUCGCAUCUCUCCUCCUCACAACUAUCACUUCCUUCAUCUCCCUCCCCUCUCACCUCCCGCUUCCUCCGGCGGCUCCCGCGGUCGAAUCCGCCGUGUUCCUCGGCUGGUUUUCCGCCCGCCGUAGAACUCCUCCGCGUCCGUCGUUGAAGGACUCCACCACGGCCGUUUCCCUGAGCUCCUCCACCUCCCUCGCCUACAUCCCCCAAAAUUCAACCCUAACCCUAACCCCGUCGCUGUUCCUCCUCAUUACGACGCCGUUUCAGGAUCAGCAAAUCCACACUCAUGAGUACAAAGCUUUCCAGUACAAGGGCGGCGUGUUCGAGCCGAAGAGCUUGAACAUCGUCAACAUUGGCCCGUCUUUCCGGUCUCAGUACGAAUCGUUCAGCCCCAAUGUGCCGUUCCCGAUGAUGGAUUGUGAAUUGAGGGCUUCGAACGCCAUGGUUGAGGACGAGAGAGAGGAGAGUUUGGCCGAUAAGAAGAGGAAUCUGAAGGAUCAAAAUCAGCUUGAUUCGAGCGCUGAGGGUUUUGAAAUUGCGAGGCUGAGCAAAAUGAUGGGAUCCGAGGCAGCUUACACCAAUGAGCUUGAAGAAUUGUAUGACAAAAUGCUGUCCAAGAUUGAUGGAUUAUCUAGAUCGGUGGAGCAGACCAAUGCUCAAGUUCUUGAGCAGGAGAAUCACAAUAUGAGGUUAAGGUGCAGAGUUGCUGGUUUGGAAUAACUUUUUAGGUCAUCCUUUUGGUGUUUAAGCUCUACAAUGCGGCGACUUGAGGACGCGACUAUCCUACAAAUAGUAAUUGCUACGAGCUACUUGUGAAUUUUUGAUGAAAUGGAACUGUACAAUGAUGCUGUUAUCAGUAUGAUUUUGAAUGUUUUGGCACAUCGAAUUUGUAGAUUCCGGUGAUGGGUUAUGGCAAACUUUGCUUUUCGUGCUA